UCUCUCUCUCUGUUUGAGUGUUCGAAUCUCCAAGCUCCUCUCACAUGGCAGCGUCCGCAUAGUACACAGCUGAAGAACUGUUUUGCUAUCCACAUAGAACCUAGAGAAGAGGAAGAAGAAGAAGAAGAAGACAAGGGAAAGAGACAAUAGAGAUAUAUAAAGCUGGCGACUUUUAGUCCGAGGCGAGCAAUGGCUGAGUUACGGCACUCGAGCUCUCUCGGGAGCCGAUCUUCUUCUUCUCCGUUACGUGCCGGCGGAGAUGAGGACUCGUCAUCGCCUCACGUACACGAUCACUCACCUAACGGCGGAGACGACGAAGAUGGUCGCCCACGUCAUCCUUCUAGGGAUCGAGACCGUCCGAUCUGGUUUCACUCUUUGUUUCCUUUCUUCGGUGACGAUCCUAGGGUUUCUCCUCAGAAGAAUAAAAUCUCGCUUCUAUUGAUUUUGAUUCUCGCUAUUGCAAGCUUGAUCUCAGUUUAUGGGAUUGUUAAUCACUUGAACGCACCAUAUUUAUGUAAAAAAGAUGGGAUUGUACUGAACUGUCCACACGUAAAAGAGUCACCUUCUCCAUGGGAGAAUCCUUUGUCUGCUACAACUUCUUGGAAGCCUUGCGCUGAGCGGCGGAUUGGUGGAGUCUCAGAUCUACCUCCUGAGAACGAAACAACUGGCUAUGUUUUCAUUCAUGCUGAGGGUGGUUUGAAUCAGCAGCGAAUUGCUAUCUGUAAUGCAGUAGCUGUUGCUAAGAUUAUGAAUGCAACUUUGAUUCUACCGGUACUGAAGCAGGACCAAAUUUGGAAAGACACAACAAAAUUUGAAGAUAUUUUUGAUGUAGAUCAUUUCAUUGAUUACUUGAAGGAUGAUGUCCGAAUUGUGCGAGACAUACCUGACUGGUUCACUGACAAAGCAGAGCUAUUCUCUAGUAUAAGAAGAACAGUCAAAAACAUUCCCAAAUAUGCAUCAGCCCAGUUUUAUAUAGACAAUGUUUUACCACGGAUAAAGGAGAAGAAGAUUAUGGCCUUGAAGCCUUUUGUUGAUCGACUUGGGUACGACAAUGUACCUCAAGAAAUCAAUAGAUUACGAUGCCGUGUAAAUUAUCAUGCUCUCAAAUUUCUCCCAGAGAUAGAGCAGAUGGCUGAUUCACUUGUUUCUAGAAUGAGAAAUCGCACUGGCAAUCCGAAUCCGUAUAUGGCGCUUCAUCUUAGAUUCGAAAAAGGAAUGGUUGGUCUGUCGUUCUGUGAUUUCGUUGGGACAAGAGAAGAGAAAGUUAAAAUGGCAGAAUACAGACAAAAGGAAUGGCCUCGGCGUUUCAAGAAUGGUUCCCAUCUUUGGCAGCUCGCCUUGCAGAAACGCAAAGAAGGCCGAUGCCCUCUUGAGCCAGGAGAAGUUGCUGUGAUCUUACGGGCAAUGGGUUAUCCAAAAGAAACACAAAUUUAUGUAGCAUCUGGUCAAGUCUAUGGCGGCCAAAACCGUAUGGCUCCACUAAGAAACAUGUUCCCAAAUUUGGUAACCAAGGAGGAUUUAGCAGGCAAAGAGGAACUAACAACCUUUAGAAAGCACGUAACAAGCCUCGCAGCUCUAGAUUUCUUGGUCUGCUUGAAAUCAGAUGUAUUUGUUAUGACACACGGUGGAAACUUUGCAAAACUGAUCAUCGGAGCACGGAGAUAUAUGGGUCAUCGCCAGAAAUCAAUCAAACCAGACAAAGGGUUGAUGUCGAAAUCAUUUGGGGAUCCUUACAUGGGGUGGGCAACUUUUGUGGAAGAUGUAGUUGUAACACAUCAAACACGAACCGGUUUGCCAGAAGAAACUUUCCCUAACUAUGAUCUUUGGGAAAAUCCUCUCACUCCAUGCAUGUGUAAAGCUUGAUGAUGCUUUUGUUUGAUUUGAAAAUGAGAUGAGUUUGGUCUGGAUUUUGUCUGAUGAGGAGGAGCAAACUAUAGGAAUCGGUAGUUUCUUUCUUUCUAUUUUUUUUUCUUUUAACCUUUCAAAUCUUUGAAGUCUUCACUUAUGUAAUCAUUUUGAUAUUAUGUAAAGUUCCAGGUGAUGAAAAAAAAAAAGUUGCAAAGAUA